GGCCGACCCGCACUGCUGGCGCGGCUCCCCGCGGCCGCCCCGCGCCCAUCAUGGCUGCGUGCGUCGGGCCCCGCGACCCCCGGCCCCCCACCCUUCUCCUUCUCCUCCUCUUCCUCAUGCUGCUGGCCGGCUGCGGGGCCAACCUGCGCCCGGAGCCGCCGCCACCGCCGAGCCCCGAGCCCGAGCCCCAGCCUCUGCCCGAGUCGGCUCUGCAGAAGCCCACCGUGCUCCUGGCCAUCAUCGCCCGCAACGCGGCGCACACGCUGCCUCACUUCCUCGGCUGUAUCGAGAGGCUGCACUACCCCAAGAACAGGAUCGCCCUCUGGGUGGCCACUGACCACAAUGUUGAUAACACCACAGCAAUCCUUAGAGAGUGGCUGAAGAAUGUGCAGAACCUCUACCACGAUGUGGAGUGGAGGCCAAUGGAAGACCCCCAGUCUUACCCAGAAGAAAUGGGGCCUAAACAUUGGCCAAGCUCCCGAUUCACUCAUGUGAUGAAACUUCGACAGGCUGCCCUCCGUGCUGCACGAGAAAAGUGGUCAGACUACAUCUUGUUUAUUGAUGCAGAUAAUUUACUGACCAACCCUCAAACCCUGAACCUGAUGAUAGCAGAAAACAAGACAUUGGUGGCACCAAUGCUUGAAUCUCGCUCCCUCUACUCUAACUUCUGGUGUGGCAUCACUCCUCAGGGCUAUUACAAAAGAACCCUGGAUUAUCCCCUGAUUCGGGAAUGGAAGAGGACAGGCUGUUUUGCUGUCCCAAUGAUUCAUUCCACGUUCCUCAUUGACUUGAGGAAAGAGGCUUGCACCAAGCUGAUGUUCUACCCCCCUCACCAGGACUACACCUGGAGCUUUGAUGAUAUCAUGGUCUUUGCCUUCUCCAGUCGCCAAGCAGGAAUCCAGAUGUUCAUCUGCAACCGUGAACACUACGGUUUCCUUCCCAUGCCCCUGAAAUCGCAGCAGACACUGCAAGAAGAAACUGAGAACUUUGUGCACACGCUAAUCGAAGCUAUGAUCGAUCGUCCUCCCAUUGAACCCUCUCAGUAUGUCUCUGUUCCUCCAAAGCACCCUGACAAGAUGGGAUUUGACGAAAUUUUCAUGAUCAAUCUGAAGCGUCGGAAAGACAGGCGGGAUCGGAUGCUGCGGACUCUCUAUGAGCAGGAGAUCUCGGUCAAGAUAGUGGAGGCUGUGGAUGGAAAAGCACUUAACACGAGUCAGCUCAAAGCUCUCAGCAUCGAUAUGCUCCCAGGAUACCGGGACCCAUACUCUUCCAGGCCACUAACCAGAGGAGAGAUUGGCUGCUUCCUUAGUCACUAUUACAUCUGGAAGGAGGUGGUGAACAGAGAACUGGAGAAGACGCUUGUUAUUGAGGACGAUGUGCGCUUUGAACACCAGUUUAAGAAGAAGCUCAUGAAGCUGAUGGGUGACAUUCAACAAGCCCAGCUAGACUGGGAGCUUAUCUACAUUGGCUGGAAAAGGAUGCAGGUGCAAGAGCCUGAGAAAGCCGUUCCCAAUGUCAUGAAUUUGGUGGAAGCUGAUUACUCGUACUGGACCCUGGGGUACGCAAUCUCUUUCCAAGGGGCUCAGAAACUCAUCGGAGCUGAGCCUUUCAGCAAGAUGCUGCCUGUAGAUGAAUUUCUGCCAGUCAUGUACAACAAGCACCCUGUAGCAAAGUACAUGGAGUACUAUGAGUCCAGAGACUUGAAGGCCUUUUCAGCAGAACCCCUGCUUGUUUACCCCACGCACUACACGGGGCAGCCAGGCUACCUCAGCGACACAGAGACCUCUACAAUCUGGGACAACGAGACUGUGUCAACAGACUGGGACAGAACACGCUCCUGGAAAUCUCGUCAGCAGGGCAAGAUGCACAGCGAUGCCCAGCACAAGGAUGCUCUGCCUUCCCAGUCAUCUCUCAACGCGCCAUCCUCCAGGGAUGAGCUAUGACUGCCCGCUUCCCCUGGGACUCUGUUGACAGCUGAACCUGCCUCACACGUUAGCUUUUCACCCUUGAAAGUUGUAGAGCAGCUCUUCACGUGGCCUCCUUCCCUCUGCUUUCAAUGGCAAAGCACAGUGGUUGGACCUGCUGACUAACCAAGCCGCUUAAGACUGGGUGGGAGGUGAAGGAGGAAAAGGAACAAGUGUUCCAGAGUGGCAGAAAAAAGGCAGAGAUGUGAACAAAAGCCCUCACAAGCUUUUGUGAAAAAAUCCCAACCUUGAAUGACAUCUUUCUACAGUUCUUCAUGCAGAACACUGUAUUUAUAAAGAUUAAUAUAUAGAGGUGUACAAGUGUUAAUACCUUUCUGGAUAGCUGUAACUGGGCUGCUGUGUAACUACAACUCCUUGUAAGUUUGCAGGCUUUUAUAGCCCUGUUCACUGAGAGAAACUGCAGGCAAGCAUUUGGGUUAUUUGGUUUUGGUUUUGAAACGAAUCCCUGUCAGAAUCAAGAUGGUUUCCAGAAACGCUGAGUGCUCUGGAGCAGCGCUCCUCUGUAGCCUCUUCUCCCUCAUUGCAUCUCAAAAGAAAACCGUUGCUGCUUCGCCUCCGCAGACUUCAAAACUUGCUAGAUCCCAUCUAAACAGGCCUCCCAGCCCAGAACCGAUGUCUUGGCGUGUCUAAAAUCUUGGAAGCUGGAUGGGAAAGUGCAGGUUGCUGGCUUUCUCUCCGCCCUGCCUGAAGGGAGCACAGGUGGAGUUAGUCCGUGUCAUGUCCUGCUUCCUUCCCCCAUCUCUAAAAGCUCAAUUUAUUUCUUCAGGAAAACAAAGCCUGAUGACCUAUUUGCCGGCCUGUUUAAUUAGGCCAUAAAGCCAAGCGCAGGACUUCUAGGAACUUAAAAUCUAAACAGUUUGUUUACAAACUGCUUGACACUAUCCUUAUAAAAACAAAACAACCUACAGAAAUGUUAGUGUUGUCACCCGUACUGUUCUCAACAGCCGUGAUAGAAUUGUGCACUACAGGGCUAUUAGGCACAGACCUCAAGCUACAGGCUGCUGUUGCAGUGGCUGGGUUGGUUGGUUUGGUUGGGUUUUGGUGGUGGUGGUGCUUAUUUUUUUUUAUCUGUUUUUAAUAAUUAGUGAUCAGUGUUGUGCUUUCUGCUAAAGAAGACAUGUUCUUACCUGUCAGCCGGUCUGAUAAUACAUAGAACCUGGUGCAAGAUGCGCAGCUGUGUAUAUUCUUCGUUGGGUGGGAGUAGCCCUGGCAGGGAAGGCCAGCUCAAGAGUUUUGCAUCUGUGUCGCUCUACCGUGGAGUCACUGGCUGUAUGAAUGUGCCGGUUCUGCAGCUACCCCCUGGAAGGCAUGUUCCUUCUGCUGUCCAGGCCGGAGCAGGUGCCCAUGCGCCAUGGUGAGUAUGAAGAGCAGGUCUGCUGCGGGCCGCCACACACAGCCUGGUUCAUUCCUUUCUGAGAAGCCCUCUUGCUUCCUCCUCCCAUCUUGUUUUACGAGUGGCCGCUCUGAGCUGCUUGAAGCACGAUGGCCAUCCCAGAGAUGUUGGUGAGAAGCCUUCAGAAGCAGGACUUCUGUGAAGGGGUAAGCAUCCAGCAUGUUGUCAGGUGUCAACGUGGGUAUGAGUAUGAUGUUACUAAGUUGGUCCAUCGCAUCAUGCUUCCCUUGGGAUUGGGGCUGAUUUUGCAGCGUAGCUGUUUCUCCAGGCCUUUAGUAAUGCUGUUUGAAGGCUGGCAGCUGCUGGAGCUGUGGUGAGAAGGGUUCCCGAGAGGAGCAGGGCCCCAGCUUGGCACAGCGUCUGUGCAGGCUUCCAGUCCCCGUAACGUGCGUGUGCGUCUGAGUGUGUCAGAACAGGAGGGAUGAGCCAGCACGGGUGGGUGAGCCCCUUUGGCCUGGGGUCAUUUCUCCAGUGCAAUAUUGUGGCUGCCUCUCCAUGUUAAGGCUCCCUGUGGUUACGCUGUGUUCAUAUACAUCGCUACUACGUAUGUCUUCCACCCUCAUGCACUUUCUGUUCCGUGAUAGACCCAGCUCUGUGUCUAGGUAGAGAGGCCUCUCCUUUAUCCCAGCCAUGGGAGCUGAUUUACCUGUGUCAGCCUGAGCUCUGGUUUUACCAGCCCUUCUUCUUCUGACCUUUCGUGAUGCCAUUGAAGCAGUUUCUCCGUGAACAUCUUGGCUGAAAAGCCCCUGGUGCUUCUCACAGUACUCCGUGCUUUGUGCUGGGGGCUGGAGAGGGAAGGGACUUGACGCCCUGGGGGCGAGUGUGGCAUCCCCACUCCCAGAGCUGCUCGCCCUGCUCGGUGCCUCCGGGCUGGGGAUGUGGUCUGUGGCACAGCCUGACAGCUGCCCUUUGGUCUCUUCCCUGUGGAGGUGGGGCGCAUCCCUGGACUGGCCAUGCAGGAAAUGAUUAAAAGGAAAACACAAAAAGGGCUUUUUUAACCUUGGUGUAGCUUAUUCAAAUAAUAAAGGGUAAAACAAGGUCUUUGCAUCACUUGCACAGGCCUUCUGUAUUGGAGCCACCAGGCUACCCGGGCCUUAAAGCGCGUCCUGCAGAUGUGGCGGGGCAGGGGCCCGAGGCUGGACGAGGCUGGCACUGACCAACAGGUAAAGCUGCUGUUUGGACACGUCUGCCCCGUCGCCUCGUGUGGGCCGGAGCUGGCUAACGCCGUGCUCUCAGGAAAUGAUGCUGUCGGUGGAGCUGGUUUGGAUGCUCGGAGAGGCUGAGUUUUGUUAACUUGGAUUUCCCCAAGUAGAGCAGUAGCGGUUUAUCAAAAGCAUCUUGACAAGAGCAUUGGGGUGGGUGGUUGGGUGGUUUGGGGUUUUUUGUGUGCGUGGUUUUUUUCUUCUAGUUGACUCUGGCAGCGAGUGGUGCAAGGGGCAUGAUGGCGGUUUCAGGGGAGGAAGGGAACAAAUGAAGAAUACCUGAAUUAAAUGAAUGUGUCAGUUUCAGAGCAGAUGUGGCCUCCAUCUACCUGCUUCAAAAUGGGCUUCAAAACUGAGCGCAAGGAGGAGCACAGGCUUGAGCCAGCCGCCGGGCUCUGGUGGAGACGCUGUUUGCUGCGUGCAGGGCAGGGGCUGCGCCGUCCUGGGGUAUGGUGCAGCAUAGGCACGGAAGGGAUGUCCCCUCCUGCAGGUUUAGCACCCACAGCCCAAAUGUGGAGGUGCCUUGUGCUGUGCGUAGUCAUGCACUUGCUCAGACACCUUGAAAAUGAGUUUCUGUUAGCAGAACUUAACAAGGGAAAAAUAAGAAUUUGGCAGGCUGCUUCACGAUGCACAGAGGGCUCCUUUUCCUCCUUCCCCCCUCCUUUUGGUAUGGGGUUUGUGCUCUGCUGUGGAGCAUGAGAGCUGAAACCCAGAAGCCCCCAGCUGAUGGGAAUAAACACCCAGCAAGUGCCUACCCCAGAGAGUCUGGUGGCAGAGCAGUGGAAGCUAGGAACAGGUUUUACAGAGUCUAAGUAGCAAGCCAGCUGACAAAGCAGCUUGUUCCCAAGAAAGGUUAUGGUGACAGGCCCUAAAAAUGAUGAUCUGCAAGAAGAGCGCUUGUCAUCUGAUAACUCUGUCUUUGCCUUUCUUUAGGAAAGGACAAGUGGUGGUGUAUUCUCAAUAUGGAAAUAUGAAUUUCCUAGUUCACAGGUAGAUUGUAUUUAUCCUGAAGGAAAUUGAGUGAGGUUGUGUUGUUUUGUUUUGUAUCCCUAGGUAGUUUACCUAGGAAAAAAGCAAGAGGCAGCUUAAAUUCAGUGUAAUCAUUCUUCUUGGCUUUGCUGUUGUAACAUGAAAGGCAGUUGACAGUUGUCGUGACAGUCGUGGCAAAGGCAACUGCCGUAGUUCAGGGGCUCGGCAUGACUUUGACGGUUUUAGGAGUCUCCCUCAGUGCUGAAGUAACUUGUGAAUGGCAGGUCAUCUGUGUGAGAGGUCUGAGGGGAAGAGGAACUGUGCUAAGAGGUAGAAGAAGCAGCUGUGCUGCGUAAACUCCAACCCUCAGGAUUGUGUGCAGGGGAGGGGAAAAAACCCCAACAAAGGAAUGGUGGUGAGGCCAGGAGGGGAAAAUGCCAUGAUGGAGACAAUGGGGAAAAGAUGGAAACACUCAAACCCAUUUUAUUUUAUCAACUUGCCGCAGAAAUCAUUCACUGCACCAAAAGAGAAUAAUUUCAUGAAGUAGUUGUAAAAUCUGUGUAUAAUCUCAGAUGCCCAGUUAGCCACAACAGAGAUCAUUAAACUGCAAGCUCAAAAAAGAGCACAGAAUUUUCCAGAGCAGUAGCAGGUUGCUGUGCAUGGCGGAUGCACUGGGAUGGUUUUUGCUUUCCUGACGUUUAUCUUUAGCUCUCAACAAGCUCAUUGCACUCUUGCAGCGUACAACUGGACUACACAGAGCUCAUGAUAAGCUGCUGUGACUCGAUGGGUAACAGAGGUGAGACCGGUUUACUUGGACAACCCUUGCUAGCCCCUCUGUUGUUGAAACACAGAAGCCAUCCUCACAAAAAACUGUAGACAUUUAAACAAGAUGCACGCCAGGAAUGCUGGCGCUGUUACAACCAGUCCAUAACUUGUUACUGGAUGUGAUGUUGAAAAUGAAAACAAUGCAGAAGGCAGGUUGUAGCUGAAGGGUUACACCUACAGGGAUACAGCUGAAAUGUGGUGUUUCAAGUUCUCAAGGGGUCAGGGAAGAUGAGUUGCAGGAGCUGGAAGAAGUUCCAACAGUAAAAGCGAUGAAGUUGAAGAGGGUGACGAAGGUGGUGUGAGGUGUUAAACAAAACCCAAACCCAACACCAAACAAACAAAAACCCCCAACCUGACAUGCAGCAAGAAAGUCUAAGCUAAGAACAUAGACUCACCCGAGGCAAAUACUAGUGGAAAAACGUUUAAUACUUAUUGUAUAAAGAUCACAGGAUAGCAAUUAAAAACAUCUUUUUCAUACGUAACGCAAUGGAAAGUGUGAACUAGGGAAACCCGCUAUCUUUACCCUCUCAAUAAAAACUAAAUUGGAAUUCUUGAACUAUUCGGACUAGGAGCUACAUGUUGGUACUUGUAAAUAGAAGUGGUAAAUCUUAUAGUAGUGUACAAUUAUACUAACAUAUACUAUACUAAUAAUAUAAAUCAACUAUACUAAUUGUAGUGUAAAACUAUAGUGACAUGUACUAGUAAUAUAAAUAAACUAUGCUAAUUGUAGUGUAAAACUAUGCUAACAUGUACUAUACUAAUAUAAAUAAACUAUGCUAAUUGUAGUGUAAAACUAUACUAACAUAUACUAUACUAAUAAUAUAAUUAAACUAUACUAACUGUAGUGUUAAACUAUACUAAGUGUACCCUCUUACAGAACUGUAACAUACAUUACUACUAGUAUUAGUAAUCUAACUCAAAGACUUUUCAGUAAGGGCUGCUUAUGAUCUAUGUCUUGCCUAUGGCUUUGAAAACUAAAAUCUCUUCACUAUC